UGUCAACAACUUGCUGAGGGACUCAGGGCCGGUGCUGCUUUCCUUGCUCAUAAGAUCAGCUGCCACCAUGUCUGUCUCCCACAGUUCGAGACUCAACAAGGGGGUGAGGGAACAGUACAUGAAACUGCCCCAAGGUGGGAUGGCCCAGGUCACCUACGUCUGGAUCGAUGGCACCGGGGAAGGAGUAAGGUGCAAAACCAGGACUCUGGAUCAGGAACCAAAAACCAUAGAUGAAAUCCCAGAAUGGAACUUUGAUGGAUCCAGUACUUACCAAGCAGAAGGCUCAAACAGUGACAUGUAUCUUGUCCCAGUCCAGAUGUUCAGAGACCCAUUCUGCCUGGACCCCAAUAAGCUGGUUAUGUGUGAAGUCUUGAAAUACAACCGCAAGUCUGCAGAGACCAACCUGCGGCACACAUGCAAGAAGAUCAUGGAGAUGGUGGGUGAUCACCGCCCAUGGUUCGGAAUGGAGCAAGAAUACACCUUGCUGGGCAUUAACGGGCACCCGUAUGGCUGGCCAGAAAAUGGCUUCCCUGGGCCACAAGGUCCCUAUUACUGCGGUGUUGGGGCAGAUAAGGUUUACGGGCGGGAUAUUGUGGAGGCUCAUUACAAGGCCUGUCUGUAUGCUGGCAUCAAGAUCUGUGGCACCAAUGCAGAAGUCAUGCCCUCUCAGUGGGAGUUCCAGGUGGGUCCAUGUGAAGGUAUCGAUAUGGGGGAUCAUUUGUGGAUGGCCAGGUUCAUCCUUCAUCGGGUCUGUGAAGACUUCGGGGUGGUGGCAACGCUAGACCCGAAACCAAUGACUGGAAACUGGAACGGUGCCGGGUGCCACACCAACUACAGCACAGAGAGCAUGAGGGUCGAAGGAGGCCUCAAACACAUUGAAGAUGCCAUUGAGAAGCUGGGGAAGAGGCACGACUAUCACAUCUGCGUGUACGACCCCCGAGGAGGGAAAGACAACUCCCGGAGACUCACCGGGCAGCACGAGACAUCUAGUAUUCACGAGUUCUCAGCUGGCGUGGCCAACCGGGGCGCCAGCAUCCGUAUCCCGCGUCAGGUGGGCCAGGAAGGCUACGGCUACUUUGAAGACCGGCGGCCAGCAGCCAACUGCGACCCCUACGCCGUUACAGAGGCGCUGGUCAGAACCACCAUCCUGAACGAAACCGGCAGCGAGACUAAAGACUAUUAAAAACUGAGCUGGGAGCUGGUUUCUCCUGGGCAAUCAGUAUGGCGUCUCCCGAUACUACUUGAAUUAAAUUCCUUUGGUUGGAAAGGCAUUUCUAGAACCAGAGACCUUGCAUGGUGUCUCCCAUAUUGUCUGUAAAAAUAGGGGGUCUUACCUUGGGGGUGGGGGGUUGCACAGAUCUAUGUGCUGGUUUUAUAGUAUAAGAACAAAGCACGUGACCCUGCUGACAUUUAAUUGGCCAGUGCCAAGUGAUUCCUUCAGUUUAUCCCUUUGGGGAGGGUUUUAUGAAUUGGCUCCUCUGAAGUCUUAUACCCACAGUGUGUUUUAAUGCCUAAUAAUAAAGUUUGUUUUUUAUUAUUAA